GUGGCGGCUGCCUGAGAGAGGCCGGGAGCGGCGGCGGCCGGGGGAGGGCGCGAGCCCCGCUUAAAGGGCCAGCGAGCUGGCGCGGAAGUUGUGAGGAGUUUAGCGGCUACCGGCCGGUGCUGCCCAGGGAGUCGGCUGGAAGCCCCCCCGCUUUGGACACCGGGGCCGGGGGGCCAGCAGCGGCAUGGAGCAGGCAGCGCCCAAGAGCAAACUGAAGAAGCUGAGUGAAGACAGUUUAACUAAGCAGCCUGAAGAGGUUUUUGAUGUUCUGGAGAAACUUGGAGAAGGGUCUUAUGGCAGUGUGUUUAAAGCAAUACACAAAGAAUCUGGUCAAGUUGUGGCAAUUAAACAGGUCCCUGUGGAAUCAGAUCUUCAGGAAAUCAUUAAGGAAAUCUCUAUAAUGCAGCAGUGUGACAGUCCCUAUGUUGUCAAGUACUAUGGCAGCUAUUUUAAGAACACAGACCUGUGGAUUGUUAUGGAGUACUGUGGGGCUGGCUCUGUUUCAGACAUAAUCAGACUCCGUAACAAAACGCUAACAGAAGACGAAAUUGCAACCAUUCUGAAAUCUACUCUUAAAGGACUUGAAUACUUGCACUUUAUGAGGAAAAUACAUAGAGAUAUAAAGGCUGGAAACAUCCUUCUUAACACUGAGGGACAUGCAAAAUUAGCUGAUUUUGGUGUGGCUGGCCAGUUAACAGAUACCAUGGCAAAACGAAACACUGUUAUAGGAACACCCUUCUGGAUGGCUCCUGAAGUGAUACAAGAGAUUGGCUACAACUGCGUGGCAGACAUCUGGUCCCUUGGUAUCACCUCCAUAGAAAUGGCUGAAGGGAAGCCUCCAUAUGCUGAUAUUCAUCCAAUGAGGGCCAUUUUUAUGAUCCCUACAAACCCUCCUCCCACCUUCCGCAAGCCAGAGCUUUGGUCUGAUGAAUUCACAGAUUUUGUGAAGAAAUGCUUGGUGAAAAACCCUGAGCAGAGAGCUACAGCAACACAGCUGCUGCAGCACACAUUUAUUAAGAAUGCCAAGCCAGUCUCAAUUUUAAGGGACCUGAUCACUGAAGCUAUGGAGAUCAAGGCAAAACGACAUGAGGAACAGCAGAGAGAGCUAGAAGAGGAGGAAGAAAAUUCAGAUGAAGAUGAGCUGGACUCUCACACCAUGGUGAAGACCAGUUCAGAGAGUGCUGGAACCAUGAGGGCCACCAGCACCAUGAGUGAAGGCGCUCAGACAAUGAUUGAGCACAACAGUACAAUGUUAGAGUCUGACUUGGGGACCAUGGUAAUAAACAGUGAUGAUGAUGAAGAGGAAGAUGGGACCAUGAAGAGAAAUGCUACUUCACCACAAGUUCAAAGACCUUCUUUCAUGGACUACUUUGAUAAGCAAGAUUCCAAGAAUAAAAGCCCUGAAAACUGUAAUCAGAACAUGCAUGAGCCUUACCACAUAUCCAAGAACGUUUUCCCUGACAACUGGAAAGUUCCUCAAGAUGGAGACUUUGAUUUCUUGAAGAAUCUGAGUUUAGAAGAGCUACAGAUGAGGUUAAAGGCUUUGGACCCUAUGAUGGAACGAGAAAUUGAGGAGCUUCGCCAGAGGUACACUGCAAAGAGACAACCUAUCCUAGAUGCCAUGGAUGCAAAGAAAAGGAGGCAACAAAAUUUCUGAGCUCCUUUUGCUUUCAGAGUCAAUAUUCUGAGUCAGUGUGGCCACUGGGAACUUUGUGAGUCUGAAGGAAUUCCAUUAGGAGAGUUUUCAAAAACCCAAUCUUUUGACUUUUCCUUCACGAGCAAUGACAAUUGGAGCAGUGCAAGAGAAUACACCCAGUGCUCUGCCAGGGCAGUGACACACAGUACCACCUGGCUGUGUUUUCACAUGUCCAGUGUCACAGAUUCUAUGAUUUAAUCUGUUACUUCCCAAUCUCUUUCAGGUGGGUAGUGGUAACUUGGUGUUGUACAUUAGGAGUUGUGUUUGGGAGCACCUGGAGCCGUUUCUUGAUUGUGCAACACUACAGGGCCUUACGUUGCAAUAUAUUUUCUUCCCACUUAGUGACAUAUUUAUUAUGUAAUCUUUGGUUAUCCUAUUUAUUUUAUGCCUGUUUGGUUUUUUUUGGUUUGUUUUUUUUUAAGAGGAGGUAUUGAGGUCAUACUGUGGAGAGCAGAGGCCAGGUGAGAUAAAGUCGUUCUUGGAGCAUAAUGGAAAGCAGCUCACCACUGUGCUAUCUUUUAAAACUUCAGUUCCAGCAAGCAUCCCAGUUCAGGACAGCACCUGAACAUGCAUCCAGCCCAUUCACACCACUAGGAUUUAAGCAUCAAAU